AUUGAAUACAAUACCUAUGGUCCCAACAACACUAAUCCGGAGUACGAGGGCAGGAUCUUCAUAUCUAAUGGAUCUCUGGAACUCAGGAACGUGACUUCUAAUGACAGUGGACAGUACAGCGUUAUCAUUACAUUAAUUGUUCGAGAUGGAGGAAAGAUAGCGGUAGGGGUCACAGAACUGGACGUUAAUGAGAGAAUAUCAGGUGCUUCUGUCACAUCAGAAACAAACCUGUCGAUUGAGGGGAACUCUUUCAACUUGUCAUGUGACGCUGAUGGCUCGAUGAUCUCCAGAGAGUGGAAGAAGGACGGCGUGAAGCUGACUCCAGAUGACCACCUGUCACUUCAGGAGAACAACAGAGUGCUGACUUUCAACAGUCUCAGUAGAAAAGACACCGGAGUUUAUUUGUGUAACGUCACCAACCCUGUGAGCCAAGAAGGAGCUGAAUACAAGAUGGUUGUUUACUAUGGACCAGAAAAUGUUCAAAUCAAAGGUCCAAGUGACAUUGAUUUGAAAACGACGUUAACAUUAACUUGCUCUGCGGAGUCCGUACCUGCUAGUUACACCUGGAUGCUGAACUCGACAAAGAUACACAAUUCUGCCGUUUACACUAAAGACAACACUGAACCUUCUGAUAGUGGCAUCUACAUCUGUGAAGUGAUGAAUAAUGUAACUGGGAGAACAUCGUCAGCGCUCCAUGGAUUGUCUGUCACCGGGGCGCCUGGUCUGUCAG